CGAUUAUUUUCUUGACCGAGACAUGAGUAAAAAUUUGGCUGAUAUCUAGUUUCCCAGAGAAUAAUCAGGAGAACAAGGCGGAUUCGUUUACAAUCUUCAGUUGUGCAUUUUGUCGACGUACAAUAAUAAAAAAAUUGUGAUAGUUAGAACUAGUUCAAAGGUUUAUUCACAAACAUUAAAAGAUAUGUGACGGGAAAUUUUAGAAGCGUUCAUCUUGUUCCUCUGAUUAUUUUCGACAAAACUAGAUAUCAACCAAAUCUUUCUUAUGUUUCGGUGAAGGGAACGAGCGGCAACGCACCUACGCUUUUUUCGCUACGUAAGCGUUUUCAUGUAGAAACGACGUAUUGUCAUCAAAGUUUAUUUUCUGUAGAAACUUACUAGUGACUAAAACCUCUUCUGAUCAAAUGGUUUUUUCGUGUGAGAUAAGCGUUUGCUUAUUCAAAUUUAGUCUCUUAGAAAAGAUAUUUGAAUGGUUUUUUUAAAAACUGUAUCCAGAAUUUGUAAAAUACAUUUCAAUUCGUGAAAAAUUAUUCAUGUCGUCGUUUAGGUGCCGGUUUAUCAGGGUCUGAAUUAGGAUUAGCGGGAGGAUCCGGUGCAGGGUACGGAGCAUCAUCAAGUUACGAAAGUUAUGGUAGUUCGGGUUCAGGCUUGGGAGGUGGUGAUUUUGGCGGAGCUGGUGGUGUUAGUGGCAGUUACGGAUCAUCAAGUUUUGAAAGUAGCGGUGGGUAUGGAUCAGGAUCUUUGGGUCAAGGAGGUAAUAGUGUUGAUUUUGCCGCAGCAGCAUUUCAAGCAGCUGAUAAAAAUAAGGAUGGCUCUGUUGAUGCUCACGAAUUUCGUGAUUUUGUUGGUCAAAAUGUCAAGUAA